GUGGGUGUGCGUGCGCGCGUGCGAGCCGGCCUGCAGGAGGCGAGGCUCUCCUGGCCUCUCGCACCAACCAGUUGACCCAGCCCCUGCAGGGAAACUGCCGCCGCCGCCCGGGCCGCCGGCCCUCCUGUCCCCUGGCCAGGUCAGUUCGCCCCGGGGCCCGCCCAAGUGACACGUACACAAUAUCUCCUAGCAUGACCUCUGUCUGAUCAGCAAGCAAGAGCAUUUGACCCCUGUGUCCUGCACUGUGGUGCUGGGCCUGAUUGCCGCCCACAUCUCCGGUGCCAUCAUGGCCUCUGCCUCUGUUUCCACCCCUGUAAUUUCACAGCCCCAGUUCACCUCCAUGAACGAACCACAGUGCUUCUACAAUGAGUCCAUCGCCUUUUUUUAUAACCGAAGUGGAAAAUAUCUUGCCACAGAAUGGAACACGGUCAGCAAGCUGGUGAUGGGACUUGGAAUCACUGUCUGUAUCUUCAUCAUGUUGGCCAACCUUCUGGUCAUGGUGGCAAUCUACGUCAACCGCCGCUUCCACUUUCCUAUUUAUUACUUGAUGGCUAAUCUGGCUGCUGCGGACUUCUUCGCUGGCUUGGCCUACUUCUACCUAAUGUUCAACACAGGACCCAAUACUCGGAGAUUGACGGUCAGCACCUGGCUCCUCCGUCAGGGCCUCAUUGACACCAGCCUGACAGCAUCAGUGGCCAACUUACUGGCUAUUGCAAUUGAGAGGCACAUUACAGUUUUCCGCAUGCAGCUGCACACACGGAUGAGCAACCGACGAGUGGUGGUGGUCAUUGUGGUCAUCUGGACUAUGGCCAUUGUCAUGGGUGCUAUACCCAGUGUAGGCUGGAACUGUAUCUGUGAUAUCGAACAUUGUUCCAACAUGGCACCCCUCUAUAGUGACUCUUACUUAGUUUUUUGGGCCAUUUUCAACUUGGUGACCUUUGUGGUAAUGGUGGUUCUCUAUGCUCACAUCUUUGGCUAUGUUCGCCAGAGGACUAUGAGAAUGUCCCGGCAUAGUUCUGGACCUCGGCGGAAUCGGGAUACCAUGAUGAGCCUUCUCAAGACUGUGGUCAUUGUGCUGGGUGCCUUUAUCAUCUGCUGGACCCCUGGACUGGUCUUACUGCUGCUGGAUGUGUGUUGUCCACAGUGUGACGUGCUGGCCUAUGAGAAAUUUUUCCUUCUUCUGGCUGAAUUCAACUCUGCCAUGAACCCCAUCAUCUACUCUUACCGCGACAAGGAAAUGAGCGCCACCUUCAGACAGAUCCUCUGCUGCCAGCGCAGUGAGAACACGAGCGGCCCCACGGAAGGCUCCGACCGCUCAGCUUCCUCCCUCAACCACACCAUCUUGGCUGGAGUUCAUAGCAAUGACCACUCUGUGGUUUAGAAAGGAAACUAAGACGAAGAGCCAGCCAUCCCUUAUUGAAGGAUGAACAGCCUGCCCCUACCCAAUUGCCAGGGCAAGGUGGAGUGGGAGAGAAGAGAAAAAUAAACUCAUGUAUUUAAACACUAA